GGGCCCAGGAGGCCUGACCGAAAGAGGGGCAUGGGGCCCGGCGGGCGGUGCUCACGCGACUCCGCGGCUUCCCGGCCCGAGCAGGCCCCGCGCGGUCCUCCAGGGCCUCAUCCCGGGGCCUCCUCCGCGGCCGCCCAAGGCGAGGGGGCGCGGGCCCGUAGCCUCCGCAGGCCCCGCCGCCGCCCUCGCAGGCCCCGCCGGCCCGGCCCGCCAUCCACAGAGCUCCCCGGCAGCUCGGAGCCCUUCGCGAGCGGGCGAGCGACCAUCAGCACCCGCUGGUGCCGCCGCCGCCCCAGAGGCCGCGGCCAGGCAGGCUCCGCCGCGCGGGCCGCGCCAUCUCCACGGACGCCCCCGCCCGCCCCGCCGCCCCGCCGCCGAGCUUUCCCCACCAUUAUGCUCCGGCUCCUCCACCGCCGCCGCCGCCGCGCCCGGCCCUCCCCUCCGGUGCCGCCUCCUUCCCGCCGCCCGGCGCCUCUCGGGCCUGAGCCGGCGACGGGCGCGGGGGGCGGGGGGGACGCUCAGGCCGCCUCCUCCUCCUCCCUGCCGGCCUCCUCCCUCCUCCCCGGCUCCCCCCGCCCGGACCCCGCCGCCGGCUCCGCGCGAAGGGCUCCGGGCUCGAGGGGCGCCAUGUUUGUAAUACUCCACCUCAGAGAACGCCGCGGUCGCGCCAGAGCGAGGGAGGCCAGGCGGCCGGGGCGCCGCGAGCGGGGUGAGGGCCGGGAGGGCCCCGCCGCCCGCACUUGGUCGCGUCUCCCCGGGGGGCCGCGGGCCUGCGCGGCCGGAGCGGGCGGCUGGAAGUUGGGCGCCGCCGCCCGGGAAAGUUGGGUCCCCGCGAGGCCGCGGCAGCCGCUCACAUGGCGAUGCUGCGCGGGGCGGCCCUCGGCCCCACCGGCCCCUCGCCCCGCCGGCCCUCGGAGUUUAUUGUGUCGGGUCGAGGCGCCCCGCGGCCGGGCCGCGCACUGGGGGCUCUAGCGGCUGGCGCCGGACUUGCGCGCUGCCGGCCCGGCUUGCGGCCGCCUCCCGCCCGGGGCCGGAGCCGUGCACGCGGCUCCUACCUUCCCCACGUCCUGUCCUCGGCGCUUCUAUCCGAAAUUUGUUGGAGCAUAUUCCUCUGUCUCCACACAUGCACUCCGUAUCCACACACACGUGAAGGCUACGUACGUGCAGGCGCGCUGGAGCCGGGAGCGGGCGCCGAGGCCGGGGCGCGAGGGGGCAUUGUCAGGCGCCGCGGCAGCUCAGCCCCGGGUGGACCUGGUGCCUGCCCCGGGCUCGCGGGGUCCGGAACGACGAAGUCUGAGAAGUACGAGUGCUUCCCUUAACAACAUUGUUCAGGUAGUCUGAACAGCCUUUUACUCCUGUCGUCAAAAGGAGUGGUAUACGCUAAGUUCCUCGUUCCAUCUCUGCGCGAACAGGACUGCGAAAAGAACAGGACCACCCGUCAGCAGCCCUGCAAGAACGCUGCAGAUUUGCGCGACAAGACCUUUCGCCACCGGGAGUCGGGGAACACCUGUCAGUCAGAGUGCUCGCCUCUGAAAUUCGGUGAGUACAGGACAGCAAGGUGUUUUCGGGGAGACCACAUUCUCAUAACUUUUAGUACGGUAUAGUGUUAUAAUUGUUCUGGUUUAUUGUUAGUGUUGUUAAUCUCUCAUUGUGCCUCACUUACAAAUUAAACUCUAUUAUAGGCAGGUAUGUGUAGGAGAAAACGUAGUGUAAGUAAGGUUCAGCACUACCCCGGGUUUCAGGUGUCUAUUGGGCGUCUUGACACGUGUCCCCACCUGAAAAAUCAUUAGGAAGAGACCGUUGUAGGAAUUUGGGGAUUCUGAUAAAAUAUAUCAAUCUGCUUCUACAACUGAUUUCUAAGAUUGUUCGAAUUUAGAAAUGGGUGGUACUUGAAUAGGUCUGUGAUAUACACUAGUCGAAUAAACACAAUCUUUACAGCCCUCA